UAUGCUUUUUUAGCCUCUCCUCUUAUCGUUACCAAUAAUAACAAAACCCUUACAAGAUCCAAACCAAAAAAGGCAAACAAUUAUGAAGAAGAAUACCCUUUGUUCUGAAAAUAACGAUGUCUCAUCGAAGAAGAAAAGAAUAAUAAUCAAAGAACUUGUUCAAGGUCAAGAAGCUGCGACUCAGCUGAAGCUUCUUCUUCAGAACCCCAUUGGCGACACUUCUCUCUCAGCUGAAGAGCUUCUUGGCAAUGUCCUUACUUCCUUCGCUGAAACCCUUUCUCUUCUUGCUUCUAAUCAUUCCCAGGAACAACCUUGUCGCCAUGAUCCGUCGCGGUCGUCGGCAGAUCCCAGCGAUGAUUAUUCCGGAGGAGAAUCUCACUGUAUGACUCCGCCCAAAAAAGUUGGAAGAGGCUGCUACAAAAGAAGGAGGACUGAACACACAUGGACCACAAUCUCUCCCACUGCAGAUGAUAAUCAUGCAUGGAGGAAAUAUGGAGAGAAAGAAAUUCAGAAUUCUAAAUUUCCUAGGAGCUACUUUAGAUGCAGUAGAAAGUAUGAUCAAAAUUGCCGGGCAAUCAAACAUGUGCAGAGGACACAAGAGAAUCCUUGUAUGUACCAAAUCACAUACAUUGGCAUGCACACGUGCAAAGCCACCCCUAAUGAUGCUCCAUGUUUGGUCAUGGUGGAUUGUAAGGUACCAACUAUAAAACAAGACACUACUCCUCCUCCUCCUUCUAUGUUGUCAGAUUUGAAGGAUAUUAUUGAACCAUACAAGCCUUCCAUUAUUAUGCCACCAAAUAUGGUAUCUAAUGAUAAUGCAAACAAUGUAUAUCCAUGUCCAAGCUCUCAAUGUUCGGAUUUGGGGUGGAUUUAGUUCAUUUUAGGGAAUCAUGACUUUUUCUUGAUUUUAUCAUUUUAGUUGUUUGAGAUGGUUGAACUAGUGAUCAAUAGCGGUAUAGUGAUUAUGGUAUA